CGUUUAUGAGGUAAACAUGGCGAUCGCUUCAUGAGCACCGUUCUUGUCGAUCCGAAAAUCAAAAUAUCAGCGUGAUAUUGCUUCGAAGAUGAAGCAAUUAUGUUAUUUGAUUCGCACUUCACAUUCGAGUCGAAGCUUGGGUGGCACAGGUUAUUUCUUACGGUGGAAUCGACGAGGGGAAUUCGAACACUAGUUGUAGUGUUUGAAUUGUUGGAAGAAAUGGUCGCAUGGGGAUGUAGGAAUGGUAAGUUUAACGAACAAUUUCAAAUUUUGCCGCUUGAAUUGAAAGUAAAGUUCAUUUGAAUUGCUUUCGUAUGUAUUUCUGACGGUUUUAGAUCUACCUGCUUGGUUUAUAUCUGGUACGCUUCAUGUUGACAAGUCCCUCAAAAUAGCAGCCAAACUUAGAGAUUGCCGAAGAUUAGGUAAGUUCACGGAGUUAUAAAGUUUUCGUAAAGGUCGGGCCGCAAAGUUUUUUCCUGUAGUUACCUUUUCUACGGCACCUACUUCCUAGCUAUGUUAGUUGCGUCAGUUAAGAACGCCUCACUUUUUCAAAAAGUUACCUUGAAUUUGAUCUGUUUUGGCGUGUGUGACUUAAGCGAACCGAUAAGGUGUCAUUCAAGUCUUCUUGUUUCUUUGAUUGAAACGUGAUGUUCACGAAAGUCGCCUCGAUAGAUAAGAUAGAGUUAAUAUACAUGGCUGUGGUAUUUGAUGCUUGCUGAGUUCCGUAGUUUUUUGUAAAUUGUCCUCCAAAGUUGUCUUAAAUUAAAGUCUUGAAAAGUGUCAUGACAAGCCUUCGUUCGAGUGAAAUUUAAUUCCCGUAAAACUCUGAAAAAUAAAAAGAUCCCAUCAAACUGAUUGUGGUUUUAGUAUAGGUACAUGAAUGUCUUACAACACACAAGAAAUGAGCGAAAUCUGUGUCUCAAGCAAAAUCGACCGGACCGCUCUUACAGAGACACUCUCUUAAAGUGUCUGUUUUGAACUUCCAAAUGCACCCCUUGAUUGAAAGAUUGCGGCUGGGUGGUCUACCUGCCCCUAUGGUCUCCGGUCUCCAACGUUCUUCUACUCUACCUUGAUUUCCCAAAAAUAAGUAUUUGAUUGCAUUUUUUCUUACGGUCAUGUUCUCGGAAUCCAUAAUAGCGAACUAAACAAAGGAGCCAAUUUAAAAUAGGUUGAGGCAUAGUUAAGUAAAGGUUUGAAUAAGAAAGAAUGUCACCAGGGACGAAUGAAGUAAGAUGAGAUGAGAAGAUUGGAACUCUGAUAGAUAGACUUGUAGUAGAGAAGACAGCGAAUUGUCGUCGUAGGUUGUAAUCUAAAUCUUCCUAAAUUUCAACGCGCGUUGCUUACGUGGGCACUUGGUUUAUUUUAAGGAUAUUGCUUGAUUAGAUUAUCAGGAUGAAGCCGCGUCGUUAUUUGUGCUGGGCAAAUAAACACGCACAAACCACUCGAAAGAACUAUAUCACAGAUCAGAUCAAUUUUUGCGCACAAUCCCAAAAGAAACCUCUUCCCAGUCUAAAAAUACAUUAGAUUUUAUUACGAUGUAAGAUUUCUUACUAAGAGUUAAGCUCUGGUCACAAUUCAAUCUGUGGGACCUGUUUUGUUUUCGCUGUUUGCUUCUUCGAGUAAUUGUUUCUCCCAUUUGUAUUUGUUUUUCUGGUUACCGCUACAUACCGAUAAUUCCUCCCCUGUCUCGGCAACAAAAAACUGAUGCAUAAAGUUCACUCUUUAACAAAAAAUCAAGAUUCGGAUAUUCGAAGAGACAAUUUAGCUGACUUGAAACCAAAUGCAGCAUAGGAAAAGUACUAAGGCUCCUUUUUUUGUUGUUAGAUAAAUUUCUUUUCUGGGGAUUUAAGUUUCUUGAUGAUUGAAGGCAAAACAAAUAGGAAGUGUUAACUGACAUCAAAAUUUUAGACCACACGGUCUCAUUCACAUUUUCGCGGGGAUCUUUUGCUCAACUAAAAGUAAAUACAGAAAGGUUCCUAUUUCAGAUAACAUCAUGGCGCUACGGUGCAAACGCAUAAAAGUGGAGCCGGCUGAAGCUCUAACAUUAGAGAGCACUAGCGAGGGAUUGCCUGAGUGUGGAGACAGUUUACCACUUCAGUUACAAAAAAAAGAGCCGUUAUUUCGUAAUUUGCACUCCAUCCCAGAAGAAACCGGCUCUAAAGGAUCGUCCAAGAGUUCGGGGAGUUCCGUGAAAGAUGAGCUAGAGCUGCAGUUCAUCAACCAAAUCCAAAGGGCUUUCCAUUCUUUACGGGUGCUGGUUAUUGUUUUCGUGGCUAUUUCAGUUGUCUCACUGUCACUGAACAUAUGGGUUAUCACCAGCGUUCUUGGCCGAGGACAAAGCGAUCAUGAUUACAGGGUCGACACUCCACAGCAAGGUAUAGAGAAAGCCUUUUCCGAAAGUUUUCAUUAUCGUUAUCGCUCAUCUUAUUCGAGACUCCGACAUAAGACUUUGUAAAAGAUUAUUUCUACAAUUGUUCCUUUUUUGUUUGUGUUUUUUUUUUUGGGGGGGCUCUCUCGCUGCUUAGUCUUUUAACGUUUGAUGAAGUUAAUUACUUGUAACCACUCUGCGAGUGAACGUACCUUUUCAAGGAUCGAGGACCGAGGAUUUCCUUGAAAGCGAAGGAAAAUAAACCUUCCGGCACGCCAUCAACGAAUUAACAAACAUUUGGAAUACUGAUCAGAAUAGCAACAGGAUUUUUCUCAAGAUAUCUCAAUGAUUAUUACGGAACAGUAGCAAAAAUUACGAGUAAAAAGUUCCAUGUACAGCUGAGUACCCAGAACAGUUAUCUAAUUCAAACCAGAUUGUGCAUUCGAAACCUCUCCUUGAUCGUUCCAUUUAAUCUAUCAUUACUAAUGCAAUUUAAAUGGAACAAGUUAAAUCGACGUUUGCACAGUUUUUCCGUUCUGUUCUCUCCGUAGGAAAAUAUGUCGGCGAAAAGGAGACGGGGCUUUGGGGAAUUCUAAACGAAACCAAGCAGGAAAUGAAAGAAAUACGAGAUAGGCAAAACAGAGAAACCGCUAGAGGAAAUACCUCUGCAUGUGACGAGAGCUUCUCCGGAAAUGCUCAAAGAUAUCUUAAUAUCACACAUCAACGACUUGAAAGACUGGAAAAUCAGUCACGAAGUUUAAUUGACGAAGUCACACAUAUAAGAAAGAUGGCAGAGAACUUCUCAGACACCGAGUUGAAGGUUAGGCUCGCAUUAGUUAUCAAAGUUAUUUUUCAAACUCUAAAAGGUAAUGGUUUAUCACGUUAUUCAGCGGUAGGGCGAAAAGCAGAAAUUCGAGCUGAGAACAAUGACCUAAUGGUGGGUCUUUCAGUAUGAUAUCAAAAAUUCCAUAACUAUCUAGUGUUGUAGAGGUUGAAAUGAUGUGCCUAGAAAUAUUUGAUCCAACACACGGAUGAAAGGGCAUUAUUUUGUUUAUUAAUCUUAGCUACCUGAUUAGAUUGAUUCGGGGUUAAGCGUUAUAACUCGGAAUUUUUCCUCACCACAUCGACUUGAUUUGUGGUUGUGCAGCGUCUACGCCGUUUCCAGCUCCUUUUGGCAGUAAUGUGCCAGAUGGCUAACAAUUUAAGUCCGAUUUUAAUGAGUUGCAAAAUGGUUUCACAUCCGUAAUUCAUUCAUUCGUGACAGGAUAGUUUUGUUAUUGAUUAUAGUCUUAUUUUUUUUCCAUCGGUUAUAAUUAUGAAUUUUUUAAGGUCCAAACAUCUUCAAGAACACUUGCUGUUUUGUUUUGUUUGUUUGGCUUUAUGCUGCUGCCUUAAUAAAGCUCUCUUACGUUUCUAUGUGUAGCAGCUUAAGGUCAGUUUUGAAAGCUGAACUGUGUGAUAUACGUUAGCAUUAAUCUGCUGUAAGAGCCGCAGUUAUCUCUUACGUUUCUGUGUGUAAUAACAUGAGGUCACUUUCGAAAGCUGAACUGCGUGUUACACUUCGCAAUUGAAUUACUGUAAGAAAUACCAUUGAGCAAAAAGUGAUCUCUAAGUUCUUCUUCAAGUUACUUGUGCAUUUUCCAAAAGCGAUUUAAAAUUAAAAUCUAAUAAGGAAGGGAUGGUCAGAAAAUGCACAAGGCCUCAGGAGAAAUAAGUUUCGCCAUUCUGCAGACUCGAGGGUAAAUUAAGAACAGAAAGCUGAUAAAAUGUAUUAUGUAUUCCAUUCAUAUGCUUAUACUUUUGUUUUUUCAAAAAUUGAGCGUUUCCGGAGAACAAGUGAAAAAUACUUGGACUUAAUAAUGAUACAUAUAUGUUAAACCCCGUUGAAUGAGUUUUUUCUUCGUCUCUUUCCUUUGCUUUUUAAUCUAGAAACAAAAACGCUAUGAAAUAUAAUAUACAAAGAGUAAGUAACACUGCAUCAUUAAGUGACUAAUUUUUUUUUUUCUUCCGCACGCGCCUCAGAUGUCAGAAACAAAAGAAGACAUCGAGAGCAGACUUCAAGCACUGCAAAGACACGUAACAGUUUUGAAUGCAUCGCUGAUGGAAAAGGUAACUACACACUCCUAAAUUUCCAUGAUACAGUUGUAUCUGAAACUAUUUUUUAGUACCCUUAACUCAAGGGCUUUUUCAUUGGCAAUCCCACAAAACCCAGCAGCUGAUCAAUAGCUCGGACCUCCGGCUAAGAUACAUAAUAGGGUGAAUAAGUAAGCAAAAUUUAUUAGCCUUAUCAACAUGCCUUCCGGCUGAUAAGUUCAUCUAUUUUCAUUAACUUAAUUGUGCAGGCUUCAACUUUAUUGAUCUUCAAGCUUAACUCACAUAUAACGCAAAUCAAACGAAGAGUGAAAAGCUGAAUAAUAACAAAACGCUUCAUUAUACUUUUACAGCUUUUCCUCGAAUAAGCGUCCGGGUGCUUACUUAGAAUUCCAGACUAUGAGAGGGGUGCUUAAUGAAAGGAUGACACUUUAUCGAGGUCGGGGGGCGCUUGUUUAGUAGCGCAGCACAUGAAGGAACUCCGCAGUAGUUGAAGCUCAAAAAGUUAUAAAUAACGUAGAAACAGGAUUUUCUUGUAUCCUUACAAUUUGGGAUUGUAGGGAGAAGGGGGGCACUUAUUCGAAAAGGUGUUCUUGUUUAACAUUGUUGCCAAGAGGGUGGGCGCUUAAUUGGGGGAGCGCGCCACAUUAGAGCGUGUUCAUUUACCCGAGGAAACGCUUUAUUUUUUUAUUUGUACCUUCCGUGAUUGUUUUCUUUAAACUCAAGUUAUUCAGUCAUUAAGAGCUAAGAGCUAGCAAGGAAAUUUAUUAACUUUCAUCGUUUUGCUUUGUUUAUUCUGUUCAGGGGGGAGGGGGGAGCGACAAUGAUCUCACAACUCGCAAAGCGGUCAAUUCAUGGGCUUGUCAGCGGGCUCUCACACAUUCCGCUUAAAUCCUUUACAUUCGAAUUGCGAUACUGGUCAUGUAAAUAACUCCUACCGUUGUUUUCUACAACAGUUUGAAAGUUAUUAUCACAGUAAAACUGUAUGUUAUGGAUACGCUCUCUUCUUUCGAUUGUUUGUUGAGCUGCUUUAGCGAAGUCCGUUUGAGAAUGCGAGGAAUUUUUAAAUAACAAAUCCGAUUUCAGGUGGGAAUGUCAUCGUUUGAAAGCUGAAGCUGCGGCUCAAAGUUCCAAGCUUCGAUUAAAAUGGUACUCGCAUUACGUUUUGAGCAGAUCUUGUAAAUGCGCGGUCUACAUGACAAUUUUGGAGCGACGUGAUCAGCAAACUUAUAGCCCGCAAUGCAGUCUUAUUAGCGCGAGUUAACGUUAAGAAGCUCGCGAUCGUUUAUUUUAACGGCCAUGUUUGAUUUUACCGUCACUUACCACCUUGGUAAAAGUCUCUUAACCUCCUUCCGCUGUCAUUAAAAUCAAAGAUGGCGGCCACGAUUGCAAAAAAAAAAAAAAAAAAAAAAAAAAGGCAACAAAAUUCUAGCUUUUACUUAUCGUGAGUUUAAAUUGUGAUAUUGUGAUUUUUAAAUCGUUAAUACGAUUCAUAUAGUCGCCGGACAAAUGUAUUUAUCUGUCAGCAAAGCGUUUCACUCUCAUUAUUUCAUAAAUAGCACUCUGGUUCUGCAUUAAGACAGACAAAAUCCUUGAAAAUCCUUUAUUUACUAAUUUAGUUUUGCAUUGAAGUGUCACAAUGCAAAUGCCGAUAAGCGAUAAACUUAACAAGUAUUGAUCCCGGCCUGAUGUUCGUCUUCGCAUCCUUAAAAAAUAUAGCUAACCAGGCAAAGUUUUGUAAUUUCUUACGUACUUUGACUGCCUUGUCGAUCGCCGUGUUUUUCCUUGUGAAACACGAUGUGACAUCUCUAAAGUACUCGUGGGAGCGAGUACUCUGAAGUACUCGCAAUGGGAGCUACACGCUGACAAUUUCUAGCAAGAUUACUUUGCAAAUUGUGAGAACGUCGUUUCGAUUUCGUUUAAGAGGAUGUAUGGGAAGUUGCGCCCCCUCCCCUCCCUCCCCCUUCCCCCCACCAGUGAUACUAUUUCUUAUUCUCUAUUAUUGCAAGAUCAGUAACAUCAGCGGAAUGACUGGUACGGUGGGGCCAAGAGGUCUGCCUGGCAUUUCCGCCAUUCCUGGCAUUCCAGGUAUCAAUGGAUCGCAAGGUCCCAUUGGUCCCAAGGGUGAGCAGGGCAUUAGCGGUUCCCAAGGCAUCCAGGGCCCCGCCGGACCUCCAGGUGGUUAUGGGUCCCAAGGGGUUCCGGGACCCCCUGGCCCGCCAGGGCCUGGAAACCUCAGUUUGUGUUAUUACAAAGAGAAAACGAGUGGCGGUGUUACCAAAGGUGACGGGGCAGUCGAUACAGUUAAUGUAAAGGAGCUGCAUGUAAGUGUCUUUUUUUCUAAUAAUGCAAUAAUUUUUAAUUAAAUAUCUUUAUUGUCCAUCAACCAUUCCUAAAUGGAAAGAAAAAAGUGCAAUGAUUUCUCUCCCCAAAGCUAAUUUAAUCUUUUAUUCUCUUUCCAUGCCCCCUAGUUUAACAAAGACUGUUUAUCACGAGAAUUAUCAAGCAUCGCGAUGCUAAAUCCACUUCAUUUACUACAAUAAGCUCACUGUUGAGAAAAAGUAAACGCUUUUUUGGCAAUGAAAUGAGAAUUUUUUCAAGCGCUCGGGGUCUGAGUUAUUUCCCUGUUCUUCCGUGCAGCUCAUACAAGCUCAUUUGUAAAGUAGUUAGGAGUAUGUGAUUUUAUUUCAAGGAAAAACAGGUCGCCUGAUUAGUAAGCACUCGCCAUCACUUAAAAAGUUGUUUUUCGUUGCUUCGAUAUGCAGGACGUGAAGAUUAUUGGUGUGACUUGUUCAUCGAACGAUGCUGCAAUACAUACCUUAACAAGCAAACUCAACGCAGGAUUCCGACACUUCAUUUGCAGUUGUCGAGGAAGUGUGAACACAAUCCUUGUCGUCAAAAUGAACUGUUAUAUCCACUAUUGGGAAUGUCGCUUGAUCACUUAAAAAGCACAGCUUGAUUUUGGUCUUAUGAUUACAGUAAAUAAACAUUUUGUGAUUUCAAAGGAAUUGUUUGCCAAUUAUUUACAAUUGAG